ACCUGUUGUACUUACCACACUGUAACUAUUAGUGCCGUACUUUGACUGGUAUCUCCGGAGUUCCAACUGCCUUCGGUAGCCAACGAAGCUGCUGCUGCUGCUGCACUUGACCAUGGCUGCUCUAACUCUCCCUGUCCUCUUCAUCUGUCUCGCAACCCUGUUUUCCCUAUCUCUGCAAUCCCAAGAACAAGAAGACACCCCCAUCACUCGGUUCCAGCAGUACCUCAAAAUCAACACUGCCCAUCCCAACCCCAACUACACCACUCCCAUCUCCUUCCUCCUCUCCCAAGCCAACUCAAUCGGUCUCCAAUCACAAAUCCUUGAAUUCGCUCCAUCCAAGCCAGUUUUGCUCUUAACUUGGCCUGGCUCCAAUCCUUCCCUCCCCUCAAUCCUCUUCAACUCCCAUCUCGACUCUGUCCCCGCCGAGCCUUCCAAAUGGGUCAACCCACCCUUCUCCGCCACCCGCACGUCUGAUGGAAAAAUCUUCGCGCGCGGGGCCCAAGAUGAUAAGUGUAUCGGUAUGCAGUACCUCGAGGCAAUUCGCAAUCUCAAGGCCAAAAAUGUCAACUUGUUGCGAACCGUCCACAUUUCCUAUGUUCCCGAUGAGGAGAUUGGAGGGUUUGAAGGUUGUGCCUUGUUUGUGAAGUCCAAGGAGUUUAAGGAUUUGAAUCUGGGGUUUGUGUUGGAUGAAGGCCAAGCGUCCACUGGAGAUGAAUUCAGAGUCUUUUACGCAGAUCGGACGCCGUGGGGGCUCAUUAUUAAGAGUACAGGAGCUCCUGGACACGGGUCCAAGAUGUAUGACAAUGGUGCCAUGGAGAAUUUGAUGAAGAGUGUUGAGGUUAUUGGUAGAUUCAGGGAGAGUCAGUUUGAUAUUGUUAAGGCUGGGGAAGCUGCAAAUUCUGAGGUUAUUUCCGCUAAUCCUGUUUACUUGAAGGCUGGCAUUCCCUCCUCAGAUGGAUUUGUGAUGAAUAUGCAACCUUCAGAGGCAGAAGCUGGUUUUGAUCUUAGAUUGCCACCUACAGCUGAUCCGGAUCUUAUUAGGAAAAGGAUUGCUGAAGAAUGGGCACCGGCUAGGAGAAAUAUGACAUUCCAGAUAAUUGAGAAAGGACCAAUAAGAGAUUUAAUGGGGCACCCGUUAAUGACUCUGACAAAUGCAUCCAAUCCUUGGUGGACUGUUUUCAACCAGGCUAUUGAGGCAGCUGGAGGAAAGCUUGCAAAGCCUGAAAUCUUAGCUUCAACUACCGAUGCACGUUAUAUCAGGCAGUUAGGAAUACCAGCACUUGGUUUCUCCCCAAUGACAAACACUCCCAUCCUGCUGCAUGACCAUAAUGAGUUUCUGAAGGAUACAGUAUACCUGAGGGGAAUUGAAGUGUAUGAAUAUGUGAUCAGUUCAUUGGCUUCCUUUGAUGGAGAAUCUCAUUAGCUGCUUUCAACAGGAGGACAGUGAUCAAAUUGCUGAAUUCAAAAUGGUGGCAAUAGCACAUUGGUAUGAUGAGUCAUCUACCUCUUCACCAUUUACCAAUAAUUCUUUGCAGCAUCCCAUUUUGCAUAUUGUCUUGUAUUCUAAUGGAGUGGCUGCAAUAAAUUACCUCUAUAAAGUAAUUUCUAACAAUCUUUUUAUAAACGGAUCAUUUCAAUAAGAAAUAUGGAGUUGAUCUUCAGUUUACAGAUGCCUAGUUUAUCUUUCCCUUGUCCUGCUCUCUAGAAUUUAAAAGGAAAAAUUUGUAAGAAUCCCUUUUCACCCUUUAAAUAGACUGUAAACAUAGACAUGAGAAUGCUGAAUGACAAAAUUUAAGAUUAGCCUUUUGUUUCUCUACAAAUGUUAGGUCCAUGCAGUCAUUAAAGAGCAAAAGCUCAAGUUACUAGAUGAUGACUUUGACUCGUAUAUACAAUUCAGGCUUGCACUAUCUUUGUGAUACAAAAUUGAGGUAUCAAACGUAGGCCAUGUUUGGUUUUCAUAUUCCCUGGCAAUGAAUCUAGGGAAGUCAUGCUAUAAGAGCUCACGGCUUCCCCCUAGAUGUGCCUUCUGUGACAAUACAUGUAAUCGAUUAUACCCCUCUUCUUCCAAGCAAAAAAAUCCUGGAAGAAAACAUUCUCGGGAACCAAAUGUACAGUUGACUAUACAGGCCAUAUGUAUAGUCGACUACUUCCUCAGAAACAAUAUCCGGUACCAAGGUGAGCUGUUCAGCACAUGCUUCCCCGGAUUUUGCUUCCAGUCAGAAACCACACGCCCUUAAUGAAUUAGCAGGGAGCUACCCUGAUACGGCAAGCGUACAAGGAUGCAGAUAUAUUAACUUUGUUGUAUGUUUUCCGUGUGAUUGGCCCAUACUCAGUCAUGACAUAAUACAAGUUGAAAAAACAACUUGUUCUGGAUAUGUUGGUUUGGUCCUAUUGCCAGUUGGCUAAAUCCCAGACUGCAUUAUUGCAUGUUAGCUUCCUUUGUACACACACGGGUACGGAAGAUCAUGGGUACGGUACUGCCAAUUAAACAACCAAGAGUUACAUCUUGUACCUUUCCUUUAAUAAUAUUUGACAUUACUU